UUCUAGUGGAGGUAUCGUUCACCAGUCUGUAUACUGACUUCCGCUCACGCAGUAGGUGCAGUAUGGGCUUGUCUGUAGAUAUGGGGAUAUUUCUCACCACCAUGGCUGUCAUAUUGUGUUUUGCUGUCGUCAGUAAUUUUCUCGUCAUUUUCAUCGUCAUUACAAAAAAGAAAAUGAGGAACGUGACAAAUGUCUUUAUUGGAAAUCUUGCAGUCAGUGACGUUAUUUUAGGGGCUUUCGUUCUUCCCCAGAAACUUCAUGAUUUGUCGCAUGAUGAUAACUACCAUGAAGGUGAAAUCCUCUGUAGAGUUAUCAACGGAUUUCCUAUAUUAUGCAUCACAUCCUCCAUAUUCACCCUGGUCGCAGUGUCCUUUGAGAGGAAACAGAGCAUUGUAUACAGUUUUCGUCCCCAAAUUACUCUAUCCACCUGCAGGAAGCUGGUGGUAUCUAUGUGGGUCCUCGCGGCCAUUGUGGCCACUCCCUCAUUUGUGGAAUACACAGUGAAGACCGUGACCUUGAGAGGGAACGUCACCGCGGAGUCAUGUAGCAGCACAUUUACAACGAACUACUCCAUUUUAAAUGGACUCUGUGUUCUUCUGCUUGCGUAUGUCGCUCCAUUGAUCAUUAUGUGGUAUAACUAUGCCAUAAUCAUUAGAUUCGUAAUGAAGAAAACGUCGUCUGUAAAUGAUGCUUCAACUUUUCCACCUUCUCAGAUUAAAACAGAUGCACAUUAUGAAGCAAAGAAAGACCAAUCCAACAGAGCAACGAAUUCUCCUGUAGAGCCAGAGACAUCGACGUCUCGACUCGAGACAUACAAAACGACAGAAAAGAAAAACAAACCCGUUCAAAAGAGUUUUCUAUUGGCCAACCGAAUCAAGAUCAUACAGAUGCUGAUUAUCGUUGCAGUGUUAUUUGCCAUCAGCUGGUUGCCGUACUUCGUAUCGUUACUCAUUGCAAAAGUGAAUGGAUCAGAUGACAGUGAAGAUGUGACAGGAUCAUACAACCUCCUAAAGAUAUUCCUGGCGACCUUUAGCACCGGAUACAACGUCAUCAUUUACGUCAUCUUCAAUCCAAACUUCAGGAAUGCCAUUCUGGAUAUCGUAUGUUGCAGAGGAUUAAAGAAGAGGCGCAAUCAAUGGAAUUCUGGAUCGGAAGCUACACACUUGAGGAAUAAUGGCAAAAAUGGAAUGCAUGUAUCAAGUGUUGCUUGAAAGUACACAAAUUAGUCCCAGAUCAACGAAACCCCAUCAUGUUAUAUCUUGUACCAUAAUGUUGUAUUUACGAGGUUUAAUCCAAAAGUUCGUUAAUUUUUUUCUCAUGAAUUUUAUAGUGAUGAAACAACGACAUACCGUAAAUUAUACUUAGUUAUGUCUAAUAUGACUAGAAAAUCUUAUAACCUUUUGAUAACAGAAAGUUUCAAAAUGGUGUAUUGGUGAAAUGUCAUCCCAAAUGGUCGCCGGCGAUGAUUUGGGAUGGAGCAUGUAACAGACGUUAAGUUAAAAAUACCAAGUCAUACGCGUGUUACAAUACCAAGUCAUACGCGUGUUACAAUACCAAGUCAUACGCGUGUUACAAUACCAAGUCAUACGCGUGUUACAAUACCAAGUCAUACGCGUGUUACAAUACCAAGUCAUACGCGUGUUACAAUACCAAGUCAUACGCGUGUUACAAGUCAUACGCGUGUUACCAUGCACUUUGAAAAAAAAAUAUUUUUCAAAGUGCGUGGAUGUCGACCAUAUCAACACACUUUGCAAAAAACAAAUCUUGCACGGUUCAGUCGAUUUUCUUGAAGCUUUCAAAAUUGAUAGAUAAUUAUUUGAAACUUAAUAUUUUAUGAUGACGUCACUUCCAGAUCUGAGAUUUAGAAGUUUUGUGGAUUUGGGUAAUUAUAAGGGCCUGGGUCUGCGAGAGCCCUACAAUGAUCAAACUGACCGUCCCUCCGACCGUCCGUCCGAUUUCAUUUGUCUUGAGCAAUAUUACUUUCUCUUGACCAAGUCUGGCCAAAGCUUUACCCAUAGAUUGCCCAUGGGUAGAGGGUGUGCAGUGACCUUGAUCGAAUUUCCUAGAUCAAAAGUCACUGUUUAUAAACCUAUCUGUGUAAGAUCUUUGUAUGGAGCAUAUUUUCUCUAUACCCUUGACCCAGUCGGGCUCAGACUUCCCCAUGUGUAGUGGCCAUGAACCGAUUUUCUAGAUUAAGGGUCAAAGCCGAACUAACUUCUCUGUGUAAAGUCGUUGUCUGGAGCAUAUUUCUCUCCCCUUGGCUUUAUCAGACUCAAACUUCAUCCAUAAACCUUUGCUGAGUACAGAAUGGUCCUCUCCGAAAACAAUAUUUUAGAACUACUUUGCUUGUAUAUUGCUAAAAGCGGAAUCCUUUGAGAUGGUCACCAUUUCAACAACGUCCAAUUUCAUUACGCUACCUGAGUCACUCUUAAGACCCAUUGUUAUCGGUCCCCAUCCGGCGUCCGUCGUUCGCCGUGCGUUAACAAUUGAACAUAUUCAAAUUCUUCUCAAGUACUACUGAGACAAUCUUUACGAAAGUUUGCAUGUAGCAUCUGUAGAGCGAAAAGGGGCAUAAAUUAUAAAUUUUACGAUCCUUACCCUACAGGAACCUUGCAUUUUGGGUAAAAGCUGUAAAAAAAAAAUUACAAUCUUUAAAAAUUGUCUUCCCUACUGGACAUGGAGCAGACAAACUGAGUAAGUUGAGUAUAUGAAAAUAAUGAGCAAGGAAACCCCUAACAACAUUAUGAAUUUCAUGACCUCCAGGGCAGGGGUUCUUGAGCUUAAAAAUUCAAACCUAGUGUGUUGACAUGGUCCCAAAUUUAACACAUUUGUGCCAAAAUGUAAUUACAUGUUAUGUAUAGGAAGAAAGUUGACGGGUUGGACAAAGUAAUUCAAAUUAUAUGGUAAAUCCGCUUGCAUACCCGCUACACUAAAAUAUAAAGGGUCGCAUCGGAGGUAAAAUUCAAUUUAACAUUCGCUUGCAUAAUCAUGAAAUGUCUGUUCAAUAGAAUAAAUCAAGUGGGUUAACGAAUUUGACCAUUGACGAGACUCUCUAGAUGCUAGUGUAGCGAGUAUGCGAGCGGAUCUGAAAUAAAUUUUUAAUUAAAUUGGGGGUGGGGCUUGUCUACAUGCAAUCAAUUUGAAUGGUUUGGCGUUAAAAAAUCAUAAAGAUCGGCAUGUAUCUUUGGUUUUCCCUUUCCCAUUUCCGACAACGGUAGAUCAAUUCCUCUCAUUUUGAGAAAGAUUUACAACAGCUAAUUAUUCCCUCUACUAAUUAAAAUCAAAGUUCCAGAAGUUUUGUUUUAUAUAAAAUAUAUUAUCGUUAAGUGUCGCCAUGAAAAAUAAUGAUGUACACUAACAAAGCAUUUUGAAAACUUUUUUCAAAGUGCGUUGGUUGACUUGGUCCCAAAUUUAAUGCCCUUUACAAAAAUCCAACCUUUUCUAGAUAUAUAUUCUCUGCCUAUUUUUACAUAUUUUCAUGAAGCUUCACCCUCAUGUCAUAUAUGUCUUUAUACCAUUGAGAAUCAAAUCCCUUUCUAGUUUUCAGCUGCAACAAAAUGCCAAAAUAUGUGAAACUGUUUGACAGAUGUUUUUGAAAUCUAAGCGCCUCUAUUCAAUUAAAGAUUCUACUCUGUUGGGAGCUUGUGAAAAUCAAACGUUUUUUGUCUAGAAAUUUUAGGUUCAAAGUAUAUAUCUAAAAGAUCACAUUCUCACUGGUUCUAAGUUCAAGGUCAGCUCUUGAUUGAUGUGAUUUCGUAACCAUUUAGCCAUGUAUUGAUACCAGGCUUUCUUUGUUGAGAAAAGAGUAAUAUGAAUGCCAUUAUAUUAUACUUUGAUUUGAAAAAAAAAAUAAGCAUGGCAUUGCAUAACACUGCAUUCUAUUGAUUCUUUUUGGGGGUUGACAGUUUUAUGACAACACUGUUGCUGUAUAAUCUGUACUGUUAUAUGUCUGUACUAAUGUCGUACCCCCCCCCCUCCCCCCUGUGUCUGUUAACUCUAUGCUGUCUAUUGCUACACAGUUUAAUUACCCAAUAAUUUAAAGGUCAUAUGAAACGACAUUCUAAAGGAAUUGCAUCUUCAAAAGUCAAGGGUUAUUGAUUCGUUACCUUGCAAUAACCCUUGACAUCAGUCGCUAAAUAAAAGUUGGGUUCAUUAGACGCAAUCCACUAUAAAUAAAACAGCCAAUGAAAUCACUGCAUCUUGUUAUGGUGUAGAUGGAUACAAAUGGCACGAUCUCAUACUGCUGUAUUGAUAAACACGCGCAAUUGUAAUAUUGCUUAAACGAUUGAAAUAGCCAUCAAUACACGUGUUUUUAUUUGAAUCUCUCGCUUCGCGUUGUUAUAAAUAGAACCACAUUCUCGUUGGUUCACACUCUUGUGGAACCAAUCAGAACGAGCCCAACUUUUUGAUAGUCACUGAUGUCAAGGGUUAGUGCGAGGUAAUGAAUCAAGAACCCUUAACUUGUGAAGAUGAAGGAAUUGAGUUAUGUAUGCGAAUUCAUUAAUCAAUGAAUAUUUGAAAACAGAAUUUAUUUUAAUUUUUUUUUCAAUGCAAGAUAACGUCAAAACAACCGAUCAAAUGUUCUCGAUCAGGAAAAUGAUCUUCGAUGAUCGUGGCUUAUCUCCCUUGUGGAUGACGUCAGAAAGACCCACUAUGAUGUAAACAAAAGAGUAUGUAUAAAAUUAUAAUUAAGCAUUUAUUGCAUCGCUUUAAAAAUGUCAUAGUGUGCGGCAUUCAAUUGUAGUAUUAGGUCGCAGAAGGGGUGGUCAUGUAUCUCUUCCCAAGGGAUCCCAAAUUUAGAAAAAACAACAUGGGUACUAAAUCUCCGACAAGAUUUAUUUUCACACGUUGUCACGAUCACUUCAAGGUUAUGUGCGAAACAUUUCACAGAUGACCAUUUUUCAGUACAUCCGUCGAUAGCCAAACAAUAUGGGUACAAAAAGAGCAAUGUAAAACCAGACGCUUUGCCAAUCAUUUUUGAUUUUCCAAACAUUGAAACAAAUCAACUUCACCGCUUACUUCAAGCGAAGAGCACUAGCUGGAAUCUGGAGACCCCCUCUCCGAAAACUAUAAAAUAAAAAUAACCAACAAACAACGAUUUGGGAAUUUCACACUUUUGGGGCAUAUGAGGAAACACCAUAUGACGGCAUCCAUAAUGAUACCGUUACUACAUGUUUAAGAGGUACCGUACACCUACAUGAAUAUUUUAGCAUAACUACUUUUCUGGUUAUUCGUAUCGAAAGGGAAUUGGGAUUACCAUUACAGUUUUUAGACAUAUUCUAUUACGAUUAAUCAUAAAUGAAAUGUACAUAAGUUCAUACGGCUUUUGAUAUUUUCAAUAUAAUCGUUAAACUUCAGUAUCUGAACGAUAGCCGUGUAUCAAAUUCAUCCCAGGUACAGGUUUACAGCUAUAUAUCUUAUCAAUGCAGAUUAUUAUACACGUAAUUACGCAAUGCAACUUUCAU